CUCGGCGCGCGCGUCCCGCCGUGCGCUCCCGCCGCCCUCGUCCCGGUGAGUCAGAGCCCGAGCUGUCUCCGCGCCCCGGGCCCCCGCCAGCGGCCUCGGGAGGGGAGCCGGUUACUUGUCCGCGCUCCGGGGGUGGGGACGCUCGGCCCCCAGCCGUCCCUCCCAGCGGCACGGAUCCCGUGCGGUCCCGCGUGGACGCGGCCGCCGAGCGGCGUUGCGGGCUUUGUUCGGCUUUGUCUGAGCCGCACCUGAACUCGGCCGCGAGGCCCGCGCGCUUCUCGGGGAAGCCGGAGUCACCUGGCGCACCUGGACGAGCGCACCUGGCGCACGCUUCCCCCGGGCUCCCUGCAGACGGCCCGGCCCGGGGAGACCCAGCCAGCGCAUCGGGACGGGGAGCGUGGCGGGCCCGGGAGUGGCCUCUCUUUUGGGACUCCGGCACGGGGUCGCAGAGCCAAGGGGGCGCGGAGCACAGUUACAUCAACAUGCCUUCCUUCCCGUUGCUGGAGGCCAUCUUCAUUUUCCUGCUUUCUGGAGUACGCCCAUCUCAUCCUCUUCAGGAAGUCCACGUAAGCAGGGAGACCAUUGGGAAGAUUUCAGCCGCCAGCAAAAUGAUACGGUGCUCAGCUGCUGUGGACGUCCUGUUUCUGAUAGACGGCUCCUACAGUGUCGGGAAGGGGAGCUUUGAAAGGUCCAAACACUUUGCCGUCACGGUCUGCGACGCUCUGGACAUCGGUCCUGAGAGGGUCAGAGUGGGAGCACUGCAGUUCGGUUCCGUCCCUCGUCUGGAAUUCCCCUUGGAUUCGUUUUCGUCCCCACAGGAAGUGAAGGCAAACAUGAAGAGCGUGGUUUUCAAAGGAGGGCGCACAGAGACAGGCCUCGCUCUGAAAUACCUUCUGCGCAAAGGGUUCCCUGGGGGCAGAAAUGCCUCUGUGCCCCAGAUCCUCAUCGUCGUCACUGACGGGAGAUCCCAAGGGCACGUGGCGGCGCCAGCCAAGCAGCUCAAGGAAAGAGGUGUCACCGUAUUUGCCGUCGGGGUCCGGUUUCCCAGGUGGGAGGAGCUGCACACGCUGGCCAGCGAGCCGAGGGAGCAGCACGUGCUGAUGGCUGAGCAGGUGGAGGACGCCACCAAUGGCCUUUUAAGCACCCUCAGCAAGUCUGACAUCUGCGCCGUCGCCUCUCCAGACUGCCGGGUCCAGCCUCAUCCCUGUGAGCGCAAGACGCUGGAGAUGGUCAGGGAGCUUGUGGGCAGUGCCCUGUGCUGGAGAGGAUCGCGGGGGACCGAUGCCGUGCUGGUGGCACUCUGUCCCUUCUCCAGCUGGAAGAGAGUGGUCCUAACCCACCCUGCCACCUGCUACAGGACAACCUGCCCAGGCGCCUGUGACUCGCAGCCCUGCCAGAAUGGAGGCACGUGUGUUCCAGAAGGACUGGACAGGUACCGCUGCCUCUGCCCACCAGCCUUCGGAGGGGAGGCUAACUGCGCCCCGAAGCUGAGCCCGGAAUGCAGAAUCGACGUCCUCUUCCUGCUGGCCAGCUCAGCGGGCACCACCCUGGAGGGCUUCCUGCGGGCCAAGGCCUUCGUGAAGCAGUUUGUGCAGGCCUCACUGGGCGAGGACUCCCGGGCCCGCGUGGGUGUGGCCCGCUACAGCGGGGAGCUGAUGGUGGCCGUGCCCGUGGGCGAGUACCAGGACGUGCCGGACCUGCUCAGGAGCCUGGAUGGCAUCCCCUUCGGCGGGGGCGCCACCCUAACGGGCGGCGCCUUGCGGCAGGCGGCUGAGCGCGGCUUCGGGAGCGCCGCCAGGACGGGCCAGGACCGUCCCCGCAGAGUGGUGGUCCUGCUCACCGAGUCACCCUCCCAGGAUGACGUGGCCGGCCCGGCGCGUCGUGCGAGGGCCCGAGAGCUGCUCCUGCUGGGAGUGGGCACCGAGGCCGUGCGGGCAGAGCUGGAGGAGAUCACGGGCAGCCCAGAGCGCGUCCUGGUCUACACCGGCCCACAUGACCUGUUCCGCCAAACCCGUGAGCUGCAGGGGAAGCUGUGCAGCCGGCCGCCGCCAGGCUGCCAGGCGCGGUCCCUGGACCUGGUCUUCGCCUUGGAUGCCUCGGCCUCCGUGGGGCCCGAGAACUUCGCCCAGAUGCAGAGUUUCGUGAGGAGUUGCGCGCUCCGGUUUGACGUGAACCCCGACGUGACGCAGGUCGGCCUGGUGGUUUACGGCGGCCAGGUCCGCGUGGCCUUCGGGCUGGACACCCACGCCACCCGCGCCGCGGUGCUGCGGGCCGUGAGCCAGGCCCCCUACCUGGGCGGGGUGGGCUCGGCGGGCACAGCCUUGCUGCACAUCCAUGACAGGGUGAUGACGGUCCAGAGGGGCGCCCGGCCUGGUGUCCCCAAGGCUGUGGUGGUGCUCACAGGCGGGCUGGGGGCGGAGGACGCGGCCGUCCCCGUCCGGAAGCUGAGGAACAAUGACGUCUCUGUCCUGGUGGUGGGCGUGGGGCCCGUGCUGAGGGAGGCGCUGCGGAGGCUCGCGGGUCCCCGGGACUCCCUGCUCCACGUGGCAACCUACGGAGACCUGAGGCACCACCAGGACGCGCUCAUCGAGUGGAUAUGUGGAGAAGCCAAGCGGCCCGUCAACCUCUGCAAACCCAGCCCGUGCAUGCACGAGGGCACCUGCAUCCUGCAGAACGGGAGCUACCGCUGCGAGUGCCAGGACGGCUGGCAGGGCCCCCACUGUGGGAAACGGUCCUUGAGAGGAGAUGCCCCCAAGGCCCGUGGCUCCCGCCGAGACCCCUCCCAGCAACUGCCCAGGUCUGAGCACCCCGGGCGCUGAAACUGCCGUGGCAUCCGUGGAGCAUCCUGCCUCCGGCUCCGCGCAGAACCCUCCCGCCCACGUGCCUCCGCCACAAAGAGCUGUCCCGGCUGCAGACCGUGCUGCUUGGGGACACAACGACACCUGACUCCACCACUAAUGCUGAUGUUGACAAGUCUUGACAUGUAAGUAUCUGGUUGCUGUGCCUGGCUGUGCCCCGGUGAGCUCGUGUCGUCGGCCGCCUUUCCCCUGAGGAGAAACAAAGGAGCGUGGAGACUCCUGAUGGCCUGUUUGAAGCAACCUUGGCCCUCACCAGAUGCUAAAUAGGAUGUCGUUGGGAACGGUAAUAGGAGGAGGCGCGGACUAGAGUGGUGUUUGGACCACUGAAGGCACGGCAUUUCGAGAUGGAAAAAGUGUGGACCUUUUCACACCUCUUUUCCCAAAGAUUUCCUAGUGCGUUUGCUUUUGGUUCGACAAGGGGCUUGUGUGGCAUUUGUGACUUCUUCUGGUGCCUGGAUCUGUGCGUGGCAAAGACCUAAAAAAGGCUCGGGACUGGAAUGUGACCACUAACCAACUUGUUUGACUAUGGGGGAGGGGCCAGGUGAAGAUGUCCCAGGUCCUGGGCUACAUUCCCUUUGGGAGGGCUUCCUCGAGAGAUUAUGUAGGGGGGCUA